AUGAGGCGACGGAGACCGUCUAUGGCUGUGAUUUUAUCCAAGAAAGCUGAAUUUUGCUCAGAUUACCUCAAGUUGAUCAGGUUCUGUUUCACCGAUUCUAUUGUAAGAAAAAAAGUUGCUGCUGGCUGUUUGUGGCUUGCAUCAAAACCGGAGGAAUGCCCUAAAAAAUCCAGGCAGGUUAUCAUUGUUUCCCACAGGAUGGAAUGUAGGAGGGAGAACCUACCCAUUGAGCCUUUGGAUCCAUAUUCAAAGACACCACCAGAAUUAACACAAGAAGCCUGGAAACUAGCAAGUGAAAGGGCGUGUUGCGGUGUAGUUUAUGCUGCCGCUUGGAGGUUUCAAGUGCCCCUUCCUGAGAAUCCGCCAUGGUGGAAGGCAUUUGAUGCUGAGAAAUCAGGGAUUGACGAAGUUUGUAGGGUGCUGGCUCAUCUGUACAGCCUUCCUAAAGCAAAGUACGUACCAGUCUGUAAGGAUGGAGAUUCUUUUACAUUUUCUAACAAGUCAUGUAAUUCACAGCCUCGGCCAAUUCCAAAGGCUGCAGCAGAAGUCAAUCCUGAAUCUGGUGGAUCAAAGGGUGUGUUGGCCAAGCUAGCCAUUGAUAAGCUGAAGGACUCUAAAGAGAGUGAUGAAAGUAUGCCUAUCGAGGGAGAGGCAAUAGAAGAUUUCAGUAUCAAAUCCAAGUCUGAACGCAAAAUGGAAUCUAGUGGCAAUAAAAGCAGGGACAGGGACAGGGACAGGGAGAGAGAUAAGGAGAGGGAAAGGGAGAGAGACAGAGACAGAGACAGAGACAGGGAUAGAAUGAAAGUCCGGGGGGCAGGGAUUCUGACCGGGAAUGAGAUCGAGAAGAGGCUGAGAGGGACAGAACCAAGGACCGAGGUUAUCGUUCAAAGGAUAGAGCAAAAGAUUCAGGGGGCAUUUGGAGAAAUCAAGACAUCAGUCGUCCCGAGGUAUGCUUAUUCAAGAAUAGUUCAUAUCGCGACUAUAACAAUUCCUCCUACUCUUCACGGGAAAAGGAUCGCCAUAGACAUCAUUCUUACGCUUGAACUGAUCAUCAAGUUCAUGACAUCUCUCUUUUUCUCCUAA